CGCAACCCCUGCGCACCCUUUUUCUUGAGCCUGCGCUCUUUCCCGUCUCCGACACGUUCUUUCUUCGCGUGCUCUUGUUCUCAAUCGCUUCAGAUCGACAGGCAUUCACGUUAUCUCCUCCUUGGUGUCGUCCAUUCUUGUUCUGUCCCAAAGAUCCCGGCCGAUCUUGCCCUCAACUCUUCGGGAAGAGGAGGCGAGCCACCGCUCUUUACCGAUCUCAAAGCCCCCCUUGCACGAGGACGCAGCGUAAGAGACUGCAGCCGAUCUCCCCAGACUCUGCAAUUCCUGCAAGGCUUGGAACAAUAUCUGCACCACGAUCGAUUGAAGCGCGGUCAGUGACCAGGAUCUCCUCCCUGUCGUCAGGGCGUUUUCAAUCAUGGACCCCGACCACAAUAAUCGUCUGCGUCUGAACUUCCAAUUCGAUACCCAGCACAACUUUGACGCUGCCAAUGCUCGCAUGUAUCCCACCACUCCGUCCACCUUCCCGCAGCCGAUCUACGGUGGUCAACAGCAGGAAUACCCCGGUGGUCUGUUGUCUCCGAACCCUACCACGAACAAUGGCUAUUUCAUGAACCAGACCUUCUCCCCACCGUCACAGCAGGCUCAGUAUCAGCAGCAAUACCAGUAUCAUACACAGGGUGGACUUCAGUCUCCUCAACCUGCCUACCAGGGCAAUUCCAGACCUUACAUGGUCAACAACAACAAUGAUGGGACCAGCGGUCUGAUUCAACAAUUCUCGAACCAGGACCUGAGCGCGACUCCACGAAGUACCAAUAUCAAUCGGACGCCGUCCCCUGCGACUUCGCGCCCACGGACUGCUGGCGAUGCCAGACAAGCUCAGAACCCCUACCAGAGCCAUCUUGCGCCUCCCAUGCCCCGACCCUCGCCCAAGCCAGAGGAGGAGGAACAACCCAACCCACGCAAAUACUCUGACAACAUCGUCAAGCGAGGUACUGCUGCUAAGCAGCUGGUGAACAGUUUCUUCCAGGAGAACAUUGAGAGAGCAAGAGAUCGAAAUAGUCGUGCAAAGGAGUUGGAUGCUAUCCUCAAGAACCCCAGUAUCUCGGACAUUGAGAAGCAGAAGGAGAUCAACAUUUUGGCACAGAAAGAAGCACGCUUUUUGCGAUUCAUCCGGACAAGAGAAACUCCACAGAACUUCUCCACCAUCAAAGUCAUUGGCAAAGGAGCGUUCGGGGAGGUUCGACUUGUGCAACGAAAGACCGACGGAAAGAUCUACGCAUUGAAGUCUCUGAUAAAGUCGGAGAUGUUCAAAAAGGACCAAUUGGCCCAUGUCCGAGCAGAGCGUGAUAUUCUUGCCGACUCCAAAGACAACCCGUGGUUGGUCAAACUGCAUGCUUCGUUCCAGGACUCGGCAUUCCUCUACAUGUUGAUGGAAUUCCUGCCUGGUGGUGAUUUGAUGACGAUGUUGAUCAAGUACGAGAUCUUCUCAGAGGACAUCACCAGAUUCUAUAUGGCUGAAAUCGUGAUGGCUAUUGAGGCAGUACACAAGCUUGGUUUCCUCCAUCGUGACAUUAAGCCGGACAACAUUCUCUUGGACAGAGGUGGUCACAUUAAGUUGACUGAUUUCGGUCUCUCCACUGGUGGUCGUAAGCAGCACGAAAAUUCGUACUAUCAAGCACUUCUCAAGUCGAAUGCAAACGACAAGUCCGGAAACCGGAAUUCGAUGGCUCUCAACGAGCAGAUCAAUUUGACGGUCAGCAACCGUGGACUGGUCAAUACCUGGAGAAAAUCCAGACGGCACAUGGCCUAUUCGACCGUCGGUACCCCGGAUUACAUUGCACCAGAAAUUUUCCUUGGCCAAGGCUACACAUACCUUUGCGAUUGGUGGUCAGUCGGAGCUAUCAUGUUUGAAUGUCUUGUUGGCUGGCCUCCGUUUUGUGCCGAAGACACCCAUGACACGUACCGCAAGAUUGUCAAUUGGCGCGAAUCUCUUUACUUCCCUGACGAGCUGGUCCUAGGCCGUGACGCUGAGGACAUGAUCCGAAGCUUCCUGUGUGACGCCAACGACCGGUUGGGCAAAGAUGGUGGAGCCCAUGAUGGAGCGUCGCAGAUCAAGAAGCAUCCCUUCUUCCGGGGAGUCGUCUGGGAUCAACUGCGAAAAAUCCGAGCACCAUUCGAGCCGAAAUUGUCAUCUAACAUAGACGUCAGCUACUUCCCGAUUGAUGAAAUUCCACAAGAGGACAACACUGCCAUGCAUCGCGCGCAUGCCAAGCAAGUCUUGCCAGAGCAGGAUGCGGAAAUGAGUCUGCCGUUCAUUGGAUAUACCUACAAGGCCUUCAAUGCAUUCCAGAACUCGUGAAGCACCGGAGCUGGCCGAUGUGCAAGAGCAGGAAGAAUGGUCAGGUUCAAACAUGGACGGACUCUAUGGCGGAUGAUCUCUUGGUGACAGGCUCGUCUUAAGAGUGUGUUGGACGCAGAAGCAUUCACAAGAUGUCGCCUGGUGGCUGGAAAAAGGUCUUCUAUGGCUGGGGUUGAGAGUGCUGGUCGCAUGGUGAGACGGAAAGCAUUUUGAUGGGCUAUUAGCACAUUUACAGACCCAUUGACGGGUUGCAUUGGUCUAUCAGAGUUGUGCUAUGAAUGCCCUCCUUUAUUGCAAUGGUAUGUUGCGAGCAACACACCAGUUGAAUGGGAAAUAAUGAUAAAUGAAGAGCCUGUACCUCGUG